AAACAUGAGCAGCUCUGACAGGUGAAAAACACACGCAAAUAGUUUAGAAAGGAUAGUUAGCGGAAGGGAAAACAACAGCCCAACAACAAUGGCCAAGUCUUCCUCUGUUAAUCUGCUGACCUUUAGCCUCUUCAUCACAGCCCUGACGAUCAUCGCCUCCUCCACCAUCGUCGACGCGGGCGUGGAGGAAAACUUGAGCUGGGUACCGUCGACGAGCAGACAACAGUGCCAAGGUUCCAUUGCCGAGUGCAUGGGAAGUUCUGCAGACGAUGAAUUCUCCAUGGAUACAGAGAUGAACAGGCGCAUCUUGGCCACCACCCAGUACAUUAGCUAUGGAGCUCUGCAGAGGAACACCGUGCCUUGCUCUCGAAGGGGUGCCUCUUACUACAACUGCCAGUCCGGUGGUGAGGCUAACCCCUACAACCGUGGUUGCAGUGCCAUCACUCGUUGCCGGAGUUAAUUUGCUUCUUUUUCUUCUCCAUCUUUUGUUCUUUUACUUGCGUGGAUCUGCUUUUUCUUUAUUCAUGUGUAGGCUGUUUUGUCUUCAUAUUUUCUUUUCAUUUCGAUGGGAUGUUGACUAUAUUUACUUUUAUGUUUAUUCUGUGUUUUCCUUUUCAUUCA